AUGACGGCCGAUGGUUCCGCGAUUCAAGCUCUGCAGGCCGAGGCAUCGUCGACUGGCGCGACGCAUCCGUCAAACGACAAGUCGCUCAACUCGGAGAUGCCGUCACGAACGUCUUCACAAUCACCCCUCAAACGCAAGUCUCCGAUGGCCAGUCCAGCUAAAUAUUUGGCAAGUGGAUCUACUACUACUGUCAAUACAUCUUCGCCGGCAAAGCCGCCAUCAAGACCAUGGGAUAAGUUGUUCAGCAUGGAGUAUCAUAGUUGA